UCUGUGUCCGACUGUACAUAGCCAACCACGCCUGUACUCAAAGCUGCGUAUAUAAAAGCUCAUCGGAAUAUGUAUCGAUAUUCAUUCUUCGAGUGGAAUUCAUCUCAUCUAGUCGACAUGGCCGCUAAGUUCGUUGUAGUGCUCGCCCUCGCGGCCGCCGCCCACAGCUCGGUGGUCCCGGCAGCAGACACCGACUACACCAGCUUCGCCUACGACGUGGCCGACCCCAACACCGGCGACUACAAGCACCAGGUCGAGACCCGCGUCGGGGGCACCGUCACCGGCCAGUACUCCCUGGUCGACCCCGACGGCACCAAGAGAACCGUCGACUACGCCGCUGAUGACGUCAACGGAUUCAACGCGGUCGUGCGCAAGGAACCUUUGGUCGCUGUUGCCCCUGCUCCCGUCGCUGUUGCUGCUCCAGUCGCAGUUGCCCCGGCCCCAGUCGCUAUUGCCCCUGCCCCAGUGGUAGCCAAAACCGUUGCCGCAGCCCCGGUUUACGCUGCUGCUCACUCCGUCUAUGCUCCGUCAGUCUACGGCUCUUACGGCUACCCCUCAGUGUACUCCGCUGGCUACGCUCCCCGCUUCGUGUCCUCUGGACCCGUGGUGGCCAGGUACGCUGCUCACCCUGGGUACUACGGCUACGCUGCGUCCCCUCUGACCUACGCUGCCCACCCUCAAGUCUCUGUCUGGUGAAUAACUAAGCCAAUGUAGAAACCCUGAUGUGUUCCACCCGUUGAUGUGUAAAUAUGUAUGUAUAUGUGUAUCUCUUUGUACAUAACAUUUUAUGUUUGUAAUAGAAAAAACAAAUGCAAAUU